AUGUCUUCGCUGCCGUUGAAGAGAAGCCGCAAAUUGACGAAUCGGGCCAACAAGACGCUGAAGGAGUUAUUUUCUGAGCACCAUCGCGAAGAAAGCCUGGAUGCGGAAGUGCCGGGAACGAGCCGAUUACUAAUAAACUCAAUCCGUUUUACAGAUUCAACGUCGCAGGGAGCCAAUCAACCCCAGCAGAUAGAAGAUUCGUCGCAGCCUGCAAACCCGGCCGUCACAAGCGAAAUUAGUUUUAAUCUUUCUGGUGGUGGUGUUCAUGGGGAUGCAGUUUUAGAUGACUUAGAUGAUAGUUAUAGCGUAGAUCAAGAAGGUGGUGGGAAUAUUAGAUUAGAGGCUAUUUUCAGACAAUGGACCGACCUUCCGCUUCCCAAGGAUUCACAUACGCUGUUAAAAACAUCAACCACCAUCAGCCAGGAGAUACGAACCGUUGAAGGGGGAGAGUUUUGGUACAAAGGAAUUGAGAAUAAGCUCAACAGCUACUUCCAGUAA